GUAGCGUUUCCAUAAAAUGGAGGACCAGUUUCCGUGAACCCUAAAACACAUCAUCUUUGCUCUUUAUUUCUGAUACAGGGUUUUAGGGCAAACUAUAGAGAGAGAGAGGGGAGAUUGCGGCACCCACAAAGCAUCGAAAAUCCACUGCUUAAGACAUUGUUGACAAAAACAUGGCCAAGCAUCACCCUGACUUGAUCAUGUGCAGGAAGCAGCCAGGAAUAGCUAUUGGGCGUCUUUGCGAAAAAUGUGAUGGCAAAUGCGUUAUAUGUGAUUCUUACGUACGUCCUUGCACGUUGGUACGAGUUUGUGACGAGUGCAACUAUGGUUCCUUUCAGGGCCGUUGCGUGAUCUGUGGAGGCGUAGGUAUUUCUGAUGCAUACUAUUGCAAAGAGUGUACUCAGCAGGAGAAAGACAGGGAUGGUUGUCCUAAGAUUGUCAAUCUUGGUAGUGCUAAAACAGAUUUGUUUUAUGAACGUAAAAAAUAUGGUUUCAAAAAAAGAUAGCAUGGGAUUUUCAAGUUUGUCUAGUUAGUGACAUAUUAUUUACUAGAAGUGCCCAUCUUGUGUUAAAUUUAUUGUACCAGAGGCUAUUAUGUACUUGUAUUUUUAUGUGGCAACAUUUUGUUUAGGCUUAAAAAUAAAUGAACAUAUGAAUGUCUCUAAUAGUGAUGGUUUGCAACUUAAUAUCUUUUUAACAAGAUGAUUAUAGAGUUCACUAUUCAACCUUUAUGUAUCAUAUUAGAUCUAAUUCAUAUUAGAUCUAGUUCUAGGAAAUAUGUACAUUUAAUUAAUUGGAGAGAU